AUGCAGAUUUUCACUUUUUUGCUCUUUUCGAAGAUCUUUGCGGAAGAAAUUGUCGACUGGGAUGAGCUCAUUGCGAAGUUAGAGGCAGAAGAUCAAGAGCAUCAUGCUUUUGCGGAACAUCACGAUCAUCUGGAGGAUAGAACAUUCGACGAUUUCGACUCACUUGCUGAGCAACUCACUUUUGGAAAAGUAGAGCCACAUAAACUCGUCAACUACGGCUGCCACUGUUUCAAUACUGGCGAUCGACCACAAUCGGACAUGACCAAGGGGCCCCCAGUUGAUGAAAUCGACAGAGCUUGUAUGAACUACAAGCACUGCUUGGCAUGCAGCAGACUCCAUCUCGACGAUAACAACUGCAUUCCAGAAUUGAUCGAGUACUCGCUCGUCGGCAUCCAGCCUCAGUGUCCUGCGGCCGUCGGCAACAACGAACAACGAUGCAAAUCAAUGGUUUGCCAGUGCGAUAAGAUGCUCGUCAACGAUCUCCUCGAUCUGAUCAACCAAGGAAUCGACUUUGAUGCUCAAAACUACAUGAUCAUGAAUACGGAUCAAUGCUUUAGUGGAGGCCAGAAUACGGGACCAGGGCCAAAUCAUGGAAACAAUACACCAAGACAAUGCUGCGGGGAGUUUCCAGCGCAGAUCUUGUACCGUCCAUCAAAGAAGGAGUGUUGCCUCGGAAAGGUUCGAGCUUUAGGAACCUGUUCUGCUAACAACUGA